AGUCCCCAGUAUGCCAGUCCCCAUUUCCUGCUGACUCUAGGUAGGGACCCUGGCCCUAGGCUUAGGCUGGGAGUCGGAGGGACAUGGGUUAGGACCCUAAGAGGUCACCAUUGGGCAGCCCAGCUGGGACAUCAGUGUGGUAUAGGCCACUAAAUUUUUUUUUUUUUUUUUUUUUUUGGUCUUUUUCGUUUUUAUCGGUACCAGGGAUCGAACUCACGACUGCCUGCUUGCAAGGCAGGCAUUUAUGCCGCUGAGCUAAAUCCCUAGCCCCUAGGCCACUAAAUUGUGUGCCCUCCUACCUGCCUGCCCACGGACCUGGAGGUCACAGAAGGGUGGGGAACAGUCAGAGCCCAGGGCCAGCCUGGGCCCCGCCUACAGCCCAGGUUAAGCAGGUCAAGGAGCUCUGGGGAAGCUUAGUGCCGAAGUGUCUGUUUUCCUGUCCAUUGAGGGCUGUGCCCCGGAGAGAUGGGUUGUAUGGCCUCUCCUACCCACCCAGGAGCUCCCAGGGUUUGGCCGAGUCCUGACACUAGUGUUUGAAGGAGUGUUCUGACCAGUCAGUGAGGCAGUAGCCACAGGGCUGUCCAUGGCCAGCACAGCUAGAUCCUGUCAUGUCCAUGGAAUGUCACCUGUGGGGUGGAGCAGGCCCAGCCUGCUAGGAAAUGCCUCUCAGGAAUCCCCUGAGCCCGCCCCAUGCUGCCCAGGCCUGGGAACCAUUCAAAGAAGCCUGGCAAGAGAGCUCCACGGGUACAGGUCAGCUCCCCCAAUGCAACAUGUGGGCUGGGCAGGACAGGGCAGGGCAGGGCCAGGCACUGCGCCUACAGGAACACUGCAUCCUCCUGGGUUCUCUGUGGGCCCCACCCUCCAACAGGGCCCACUUUCAGCUCCAGCCUGAGGAGGAUCCUGGAAGGAUCCCAGCCCAAGGAAAGGGCAGGGGACUUGGGAGGCAGCUGCUUCAAGGCGGUGACAUCCUGACUCUUCCAUCCCCCAGCCCCACCUCCCUCCCACCCUCCACUGUCUGCCAGCAGAGGGUGGCAGUCUCAGGGCUCUUUUUGCAUCAUUCUGUGGCUUUGCUGUCUUCACCCUGAAAUAACAGGGCUGCAGAGGGAAGGGCAGAGCCAGCCACCAUGGCCACUCGCCUCUCCCGCCCCCAGCAGCGCCCUCCUCUCUUGCGCCAAGCCAUCAAGAUAAGGCGCCGCAAGGUUCAAGACCUGCAGGAUCCCCUGGCCCAAAUGACUCAGGAGGUCAACCCUGCAUCCUACCACUUCUCCCCCAAGGAGCGGGACCUACUCUAUGAGGAAGUGCUCUACACUGUCCUAUACCGCCUGGGGCAGCCAGAGCCCAACCAUGUGGUGGAGGCCUCUGAGCUGCUACAAUACCUGCAGGAGGCCUUCCAGGUGCAGCCUGAGGAACACAAGCGCAUGCUGCAGCAGGCCAAGGAGCUGGAGAAGCCAAUAUUUUGUCUGAAGGCAACAAUAAAGCAAGCCAAGGGCAUCCUGGGUAAAGAUGUCAGUGGACUCAGUGACCCCUACUGCCUGCUGGGCAUCGAGCAGGGGGUGAGCAUGCCAGGGGGCAGCCCAGGGUCCCGGCGUCGGCAGAAGGCUGUGGUGAGGUACACCAUCCCCGAGGAGCAGACCCACCGCACGCAGGUCAUCAGCCAGACGCUCAACCCCGUCUGGGAUGAGACCUUCAUCCUGGAGUUUGAGGACAUAACAAAUGCAAGCUUUCACCUGGACAUGUGGGACAUGGAUACUGUGGAGUCUGUCCGACAGAAGCUUGGGGAGCUUACAGAUUUGCAUGGGCUUCGAAGGAUCUUCAAGGAGGCUCGGAAAGACAAAGGCCAAGAUGACUUUCUGGGCAAUGUGGUUCUGAGGCUGCAGGACCUGCACUGCCGAGAAGACCAGUGGUACCCCCUGGAGCCCCGCACUGAGACCUACCCAGACCGUGGCUGGUGCCACCUCCAGUUCCAGCUCAUUCACAAGCGGAGGGCCACUGCAGCCAGCCGCUCCCAGCCCAGCUAUACGGUACACCUCCACCUUCUGCAGCAGCUCGUGUCCCACGAGGUCACCCAGCACAAGGUAGGCAGUACCUCUUGGGAUGGGUCGCUGAGUCCCCAGGCCACCACCAUCCUCUUUCUCCAUGCUAUGCAAAAGGACCUGUCUGACUUCCACCAGUCCUUGGCGCAGUGGUUGGCCUACAGCCACCUCUACCAGAAGCUGGAGUUCCCUAGUAGCUGCCUCCUGCACCCCAUCACCAGCAUUGAGUACCAGUGGAUCCAGGGCCGGCUCAAGACAGAACAGCUGGAGGAGCUGACCCUUUCGUUCACCUCCCUGCUGGCCUACGGCCUCUCUCUCAUCCGGAAGUUUCGCUCCGUCUUCCCCCUCUCUGUGUCUGACUCCCCAGCCCGGCUGCAGUCUCUCCUCAGCCCUCUGUCACCCAGAGUCCUGGUGCAGAUGUGCAAGAUGAAGGCCUUUGGAGAACUGUGCCAGGACACCGCCCCACUGCCCCAGCUGGUGACAGAGGCCCUGCAGACUGGCACAGUUGAAUGGUUUCACCUGAAGCAGCAGCACCAUCAGCCCAUGGUGCAGGGCAUGCUGGAGGCAGGCAAGGCCUUGCUCAGCCUGGUACAAGAUGUCUUGGGUGACCUGCACCAAUGCCAGCGCACAUGGAAUAAGAUCUUCUACAAUGCCCUCAAGAUUGACCUCUUCUCCACGGCUUUCCUGAAACUGCAGUGGCUGGUGGCCAAGCGGGUACAGGACCACACAUCAGCCGUGGGCAGCCCUGUGUCUCCAGAGAUGGGCGAGAAUCUGUUCCAGCUCUACAUCAGCCUCAAGGAGCUCUACCAGCUGGGCUCAGCCUCUUUAGACAGGGAUGGAGUCCUGGCCUUGGAUGGUUUUCACCACUGGUUCCAGCCAGCCAUCCCUUCCUGGCUGCAGAAGACAUACAGCGUGGCACUGGAGCGAGUACAGCGUGCUGUGCAGAUGGACAAGCUGGUGCCCCUGGGUGAACUGACCAAGCACAGCACAUCAGCUGUGGAUCUAUCCACCUGCUUUGCCCAGAUCAGUCACACCGCCCGGCAGCUGGACUGGCCGGAUCCAGAGGUGGCUUUCAUGAUUACUGUCAAAUUCGUGGAGGACACCUGCCGACUGGCCCUGGUGUACUGCAGCCUUAUAAAGGCCCGGGCCCGCACGCUCUCUGCAGGCCAGAAAGACCAGGGUCAGGCAGCCGACAUGCUGUGUGUGGUGGUGAAUGACAUGGAGCAGCUGCGGCUGGUGAUUGGCAAGCUGCCCUCCCAGCUGGCAUGGGAGGCCCUGGAGCGGCGGGUGGGAACCGUGCUGGAUCAGGGACAGCUGCAGAACACACUACACACCCAGUUGCAGAGCGCGUUGGCUGGGCUGGGCCAUGAGAUCCGCACCGGGGUCCAGACUCUGGCUGAGCAGUUGGAGGUGGGCAUUGCCAAGCACAUCCAGAAACUUGUGGAUGUCAAAGAGUCAGUGCUCCCUGAAGACGCCAUUCUGCCCUUGAUGAAGUUCCUGGAGGUGAAGCUCUGCUACAUGAACACCAACCUGGUACAAGAGAACUUUAGCAGCCUUCUGACCCUGCUUUGGACCCACACACUCACAGUGCUGGUGGAAGUGACUGCCUCCCAGCGCAGCUCGACCCUGGCCUCUGGCAGGCUGAAGGUGGCCCUGGAGAAUCUGGAGAUCUGCUUCCAUGCUGAGGGCUGUGGCCUACCCUUCGAGGCCCUGCACACGGCCACCUUCCAGGCUCUGCAGAGGGACCUGGAGCUGCAGGCAGCCUCCAGCCAGGAGCUCAUCCGGAAGUACUUCUGCAGCCGCAUCCAGCAGCAAGUGAGGCUCCCCAUCCUCUUCCACAUUAACCAUGGCCUGACUGUGUUUUGUAUCCCAGCUGAACUUGUAUAUGCUCCCCACACCCAGGCAGAAACUACCUCGGAGCAACUAGGUGCUGUCACGGUCAAGGCUUCCUACCACUCCUCUGAGCAGAAGCUCUAUGUGGAGCUGCUCAGUGCCUCUAAUCUGCUGCCCAUGGACUCCAACGGCUCCAGCGACCCCUUUGUUCAGCUGACCUUGGAGCCCAGGCAUGAAUUCCCUGAACUGGCUCCCCGAGAGACCCAAAAACAUAAGAAGGAUCUUCACCCGCUCUUUGAUGAGACCUUUGAAUUCCUGGUGCCUGCAGAGCCAUGCCAGAAGGACGGGGCAUGCCUCCUGCUCACUGUGCUGGACCACGAUACGCUGGGGGCCAAUGACCUGGAAGGAGAGGCCUUCCUGCCACUAUGUACGGUGCCUGGGCUGAGUGGCUGCGAGGAGCCCAGUGAGGCGCCACAGACCCGUCUGCCCCUCACAUACCCCGCGCCUGACGGAGACCCAAUCCUGCAGCUGUUGGAGAGUCGGAAGGGUGAUCGUGAGGCCCAAGCCUUUGUGAGACUGCGGCGGCAACGAGCUAAACAGGCCUCACAGCAUGCCCCAAGACCAGGGCAGUAAUGGUGGUGGCUGGACAAUGGGCCGGCCCCUAGUGGAGUCCUGGAAGGCUGGAGUCCUCCCUGUGCAGUGCAGGGAGCCCCAGCAGUUGGAACACCCAGGGUCCAGACCCCUUCUGAGCUCUUGCCCAAGCGUGGGACCACAGGGCAGCACAGCAAUAUUUAUACUCUUCAUCCCUC